AUGAACUCCAACACUCUCAAUAUAAUAACUUCGAAACAAGUCUGUACAAAAUUCUAUUUGUUUACAAUUGUUCUUUCAUUUCUCAGUAGAGAAGUUUAUUCUGAAUGGAACACCAGAGAUUAUAUGAAACGUGAACAUUCACUGUUGAAACCAUACCAAGGGUCUGGCAUAACAGUACCAAACUGGGACUUUAUGGGUUCCACUUUAGUGACCGACAAAUAUGUGCGAUUAACACCAGACUUACAAAGCUUGUCUGGUUCAAUAUGGAACUCUAUACCCUGUUAUGUCAAUAAUUGGGAAUUACAAGUACAAUUCAAAAUCCACGGAAAGGGAAAGGACAGUCUUCACGGUGAUGGCAUGGCUAUUUGGUACACCCGAGAAAGAAUGAAAAAUGGGCCAGUUUUUGGCAAUAAAGAUUUAUUUGAAGGGCUCGCUGUUAUUAUUGAUACAUAUAGUAAUCAUAAUGGAGAACAUAAUCACCAACAUCCUUAUAUUUCAUCAAUGGUUAAUAAUGGAUCUUUGCAAUAUGAUCAUGACCGUGAUGGAACCCAUACAGAACUGGCAGGAUGUGAAGUUAAAGUCAGAAAUUUACCGACUGAAACUCAUGUUUUAAUAAGAUAUACUGGCAAUACUCUAACUGUAAUGACAGACUUGGAAGAUAAAGCUGUAUGGAAACCCUGUUUUUCUGUUGGUGGCGUUGAACUGCCGACUGGUUACUAUUUUGGAUUUUCUGCAGCAACGGGAGACCUGUCAGAUAAUCAUGAAAUUUUAGCUGUUCGUUUAUAUGAAGUGGAUUCUGAUGAUCCUAAUGAAGCUCUUAAGGAUCGUUCAAAAAUUAUUCCAAAUGCUAAAGUAUUCAGUCCACCUAGAGAACAUAUUGAAGAUACCAAGAGUCAAAGUUGGAGUGGUUUAAAAAUAUUCUUUAUCGUUUUAUUUGUUAUUAUUUUUAUUGCUGCUUUAAUUGUUGGUGGUGUGUGGUAUUGGGAGUACCAGCAAACUCAAUCACAUAAAACAUUUUACUAA